UACUACUGUGACCUUUUUCGUAAUCUUCAAUAUUCAAAGAGCGCAAAGCAAAAAUAAUAGUUGUCGUUUGUAUAAGCUUUUUCCUUUGCUUUUGAUUCGAAAGAAACCAACGUGAAACACGCGUUUGCAGGUCGAGAACUUUAUUGCGACGUAACAAAUUAUCGUUGAAAAACAUCUAUAUAAAAAAAUCGAAAUUUCUCUGAAGAAAAUAAAAAAACUCUAAAACGCGUAAAACAUUAUAUACGUAGUGCGAGAAAUUGUUAGAUGUAAUAGUUCUUAUAUAAUCCAGCAAAAUCUUAUAUCACAUAUUUUAUGUACAUACAUGUAAUAUAUUAACGGAAUAAUAUUAUUAACAUGGUGAGGAACCAUUAUUUACGUAAUUAAUUGGUAUUCGUAGCACAAAUAUUGAUCUACUCAAAAUUAAUGUUUAAUGGCAGAUAAAACUGCCAAUUUAUGGUACAUGCACAGGAGCGUCUAUCAAAGCGAAUGUUCGUGCACCUGUCGCGUCGUGAAUUUCAUCAGGAUGAUAAAACGUGCAAAGAGAAUAACUGACGCGAGAAGAUGUGCGAGCACUGGUCCAGAAAAUUCCAAGUCCAAAACAUCCAAAAUUUUCAGAUCUGCACGUACCAUAUCUUCGACUUCUAAAAACAGAAGAUAUGUGUUGAAGGGAAUCAGCUUUCGCUCAACAUUCAAAAUAGUUUCCAAGUUUUUGUUCGAGAGAGAAUGUGAUACAUUCUAUGAAUGCGUCUUCUAAUUAUGGGGCAUCCGGAUGAUAUUGCUUCAUCAGUAUGUAUGCGUGUAUCUGCUCGAGGCGGAUGGUAACGAGUAGAAUUACGUGACGUGCAACGCGACCCGACUAAAAUCCACCGCAUUCGCAUACACACGGCUCUUUUGACCUUUCAUUCGCUCUCUUAUCGUAUGCAAAAACACGAGGCCACGCUCACAUACCGUAUCUAGCGGUAAAUACUAUCGUGACUGCAAUCCAUGUGAUUAACGUUUAACGAAAUAUUCAUAGCUGGCUGAGCUCGA